ACAGCGUACUCGACGUUUCCAGCCGGAGUUUUUUACCAAACGGAUACACGUUUUGAAAAGCGGCGGAGUAGAAACCAUAGACAGUAAAAGAAACAGACGAGUUGUUUUGCUGUUUUAUAAUUGAGAUCAGUAAGCGCUCGAGUAUAUCAUGGCUGCCCCAGGCCCAAACAAGGACAACAUCAGAGCAGGCUGCAAACGAUGUGGAUAUCCUGGUCAUUUGACUUUUGAAUGUCGUAAUUUUGUCCGUGUGGAUCCGAGGAAGGACAUUGUUUUGGAUGUGAGCAGCACCAGCAGUGAGGAGAGUGAAGAAGAGGAGCAGGAAGCUGUCAGUAAAGAGAAGAUCUUCGACAGCAGCCAUUCAAAAGGCUCUCAUGAAGAUUCCCGAAAAGAAAAAUGUAAAAAGAAAAGCAAGGACAGAUCCCAUCGUAAGGCCAAAAAGAGGUCUUAUUCAUCAAGUGAUGAUGAGGAGGAAGUAAGCAAGAAGAAGAAAAAGCACAAGAGUCACAAGAAGAAAGGGAAAAAGGAAAAAAGGGAGAAAGAGAAGAAACACAAGAAAAAACAUAAAAAGAACGAGACCGAAUCCUCUUCAUCUGACAGCUCUACUGGAUCAUCAGACACAGACUGAAGCUUUGACAGGACCACAGCAUCACAGCAAAGAGAAGGACACUGGAAAAUACCUUCUGCCAGAGCCAUUUGUACAUAAGACACCUUUAUACUUUAGAAACAAGUCUUUUCUUUUAUAGUUAUCUCUGAGAGUUGGAGUGAUGGUUAUUUUGUGAUGUUUCUAAUGAAACUGUAUUUUGUAUAUAAAUGAAAUGAAAACAA